AUGCUAAUUAGAACAGUUCCCAUUGGUCUGUGGCUGAAGCUGCCCUGUAAUGGGCGGGGUUUUGAGAGCAGAGAGUGCGUGUCUGGAGCGGUUGUUUUGGACGGGGUAUUUCUCGGAACUGAGAGGUGCUGUUAAUGUGAACUGGACCUGCAUUUGCACACUACAGCUGAUAUGGAGCCCAGACAACAGGAGCUGUACUCUAGCGUACUGACUCCUGAAGCAAUAGUAGACUGGGAAGACAGAGAAACUUUCCAUGCAGGUUUAUUGGACAAAGAGCCUCUAAAGGAAGUGGACGAGGAUAUGGUGUCAGAGGUGGAUCUCAACAACACUGUCACAGAAGAGGAUCGAGAGGAAAUGGAGAAUGAACUGAUUAAGUUAGAAGAAGAAAUCACUACUUUGAAACAAGUCCUGGCCUCCAAAGAAAACCGUCACUUGGAGCUGAAACAGAAUCUAGGGAUCACACCCCUGAAUGAACUGCGACAGAACUUCUCCAAGAGCUGGUACGACAUGCAGACCAGCACAGCAUACAAAAAGACGUCUGAGACCCUGAGCACGGCAGGACAGCGGACCUCAGUGGCCUUCAGUAACCUGGGCAAUGCCAUCAACAGGAAGUUCGGCGAUAUGAGGUCAUAUUCUCUUGGCUAUUCUAUACGGCAUUCAAUGAGCAUGCCUACAAUGAGGAACUCGCCUAGUUUCAAGUCCUUUGAGGAGAAAGUCGAAAGCACGGUUUCAAACAUUAAGUCAAAGGUUGGAGGAACAGGAGGUGCGGGCAAUUUUGAAGAGGUCCUGUCUUCAGCGGCCCAAGCCAGCGCCCAGGGCACCCCUACUAAUAAUGUGAUGGAGAACAGUGAGCGCUAAGGGUUUCAAUGGUCUACCAGUGGAACUCUGAUGACCCCUAGUGGUUUGGAGACCACAGUGAAAAUUGCACCGGGGGCCCAAAACACGGUAAUACAUGCCUUUCAGAUGCGUGUUGGAGGAUUAUCUGUGCAUGGGAGGAAAACAACCAAGUGGAGCCUGUUUAUUCUUUAAGUUCUUUUCAAAAUAUGUAUAUUUUUUUCGAGGAUAUUGUCUUAGGUGUAGUCCUGCUUUACUUUAUUAUUUAUACUAACUCAACAUUGUUUAACUGUAACAAAGCAUGAUACAUUUCCAGGACCAAAAAUAUUGGCUGCGUAUGCAAUCCUAAAAGAAGUACUUGAAAGAAUGUUCAACAAAAUAGAUGUUAGACUUUGUUUUCCUGUUAUAAUGUGUUAAUGCUCCUAUUCCUGCUAACUUGAGCACAUGUUUGUUGAUAACAGAUGCAAACAGCAAAUUAAAGAAUGGGGAUUUAGAGAACUUUAUUGCAAUUUAUUAGCUUAUCUGAUUGCCUGAUGUAAAUUGUAAUGUAUUGGUAAUGAUAAUUGUCACUGACCAAAAAUGUAUAGCAUUAUUAUAUCCUGUUUUUUUUCUUUACUUCAUACAUUUGUGUGAAAUUUGUUGCAGCUUUACAUAUUUAACAUUGACAAUGAAGUCAGGUGUUGUUUUAAGAUUUUAUAGCCGAAAUAUUUCUUCAAAUUCAUAUUCGGUGUUGAGCUGCUGUUCAUUAAUAUUGUUAGAUGUUAGUCAUUAAACUUUUUUUUUUGCAAAGUCA